CCUCGUUGGGCGGCUGUUCUGGGAGAAAACCCGACCCAUCGCUCAUUCAAAAGUUAGUGCGCCCCGAAGAUGAAGCCACUUUCGGGCCUUCAAAAGUCUGACAAAUAGUAACUAUAAAAUCAUUGUUUUUUCGCGACCGUCGGUUAUUUCUCCGCGACGUCUUGAGUCGGCAACAAGAUUUCUCACAGUAAAGUGUGAUCAUAUCCGCGACACUUAAAAGCGCAUUUUACCUUAUUCGCGCUCGCUGCUAAUCGCGGAUGUUCUGUUUCGGGCGCGCGCUCGCAUUCGUUCCAGUCUGUGCCGGGUGAGAAAAUUGCCAACCUACCCCAUCUGAUUACUGCAUACAAUCGCGGCUGCUCACCAAACCGAACCCAGACGAGGAGGUCAUCCAAGCGAAAAACCAAGCAAAGUAACGCUGUUGGUGCCGGCAUAAGUUUGCAAAUUUUUCGGAAGGUGAACGUUAAAGUCGUCGUCAUUGUUUGUUGAAGUUGGCGGGAAGCUGCCGAACAAUCCGGUGAUUGGCGAUAGUUGCACUUUUUCUGCGCGAGAGGGUAGCAACAAUUUCUAGUGUUUUCUUUUCUUUUUUGUCGUUUAACAGCAGUAGUGCAAAAAGUGAAGUGAAAAUUCAACAUUUGCAGCGCGGUUCGCAACAGUCAAGCUGAGCGCCCGUUAAAGUCGCGCGAAUCGUAUCGAAGAUAUUCUUUCCAUUGAAGUGGCUUCAGUCGAGCUCUUCAGCUUCCGGUUUGGCGUCCGAGGCAGCACCAUGGAACGAGCGUACAAAAUCUCGCUGCUGGUAUUAGCAGUUGCACUGAACGCGGCCAACUGCCAGCUGCACACGGAAAAAGAAUCGAACACAGCCGGUAACCAGGUGCGAUUAUUCCGGCCGGCGCAAGCGGACGGCUCGGACUUGAACGCUCUAGCUGACCUGAGUGUAGCACGCCCGGAUGGAGGGCGCUCUUUAAGAAGCCAUUACUAUUCUGGAGUACCGAGCGAGCGAAUAUUCGAUUUGGGGCUGUUCGGAAAACCGUACUACGGCAACCGGGGAUACUAUCCGUCGGGUGGUUACUACCCGCAAGGAGGAUAUUACCCACAGGGUGGCUAUUACCCGCAAGCGGGAGGAUACUAUCCGGGUGGUUACCCCGGAGUUGGCGGUUAUAAUCCCGGAACGAAUUCCAUCGGCGGUGGCUACGGUGGUUAUGGGGGCUACGGAGGCUACGGUGGAUACGGUGGCUACGGAGGUAACGGUGGCUUGCAGUCCUAUUUGGGGUACAACAGUGGGAAUUACUUUGGUAGCCGCAAUCUAGGCUACGGGUAUUAUUCCGGUACUAACCCGGUCGGAAUAACAAGCUCGAGUCUGGUCAGCGGAUACCGGGGCUAUAACUGAAUCAACCGUCGCACGUUGUUUGUUUGUGCAGUUCGAACGGCUUACUGUCUGCCACAUUUGUGUAUAGUCUUGCCUCUGUAAGAGUCCUGUCUUUUGUUGUGGUGCUGAAUUGUGAUAAAUUUCUUACUAGUUACUAACGACUUCAACGCCUCUAGUGACGUAAUUGAGUGAACCAAAGGUGAAUUAAAUAUAUAUCUAACUCGA